AUGGCGCCCGUUAGCAACAAGUCGCUCAUCUUCAAGAGCAUCCCCCAGGGGAUGAUCAAGGCCAACGUGGACAUGGCCCUCGAGGACAAGCCUCUGGAGCUCACGCCACCGCCCAAGGGCCUGGUCGUCAAGACGCUGGUGCUGGGCUUCGACCCCCACAUGCGCGACCGCAUGAAGGGCCCUACCUUUGAGAGCUACGUCCCGGGUUACGUCCCCGAGGAGCCCAUCGCUGGCUUCUCCGUCGCCCAGGUGGUCAAGAGCGACAACGACAAGUUCAAGGAGGGCGAGAUCAUCGCCGGUGUGCUGCCAUUCGCCGAGUACUCCAUCGUGCCAGUGGAGCUCAUCGAGUACAAGCCCAUGGCCGCCCACAUGAUCUGGAAGGUCGACAACAAGUACAACAUCGACCUGGGCAACUGGGUCGGCGCCCUGGGCCUCGCCGGCCAGACGGCCUGGAACUCCUUCUACGGGCUCGUCAAGCCCAAGAAGGGCGAGACCAUCUGGGUCAACGCCGCCUCGUCCGCCGUCGGCGAGAUCGUCGUGCAGCUGGCCAAGAAGGAGGGGAUGCGCGUCAUCGGCAGCGUCAGCUCGGACGAGAAGGCCGAGUACGUGAAGUCGCUCGGCGCGGACGAGUGCUUCAACUACACCAAGGAGAGCUGCGACGCCGCGCUCAAGAGGCUCGCGCCCGAGGGCGUCGACGUCGUCUACGAGAACGUCGGCGGCGACCACUUCCAGGCCGCGCUGACCAACAUGAAGUGGUUUGGGCGGAUUGUCGUCUGCGGCAUGGUGUCCGAGUACAACAAGCCCCCCUCGGAGCAGUUCGGCGUGACCAACCUUGCCGAGAUCUUCCGCCGGCGAAUCACCAUCCAGGGCUUCGUCUUCUGGGACCACAACAUCUACACGGACAACAUUGACAAGUUCUGGGAGCUCAUGCCCAAGUGGAUCGCCGAGGGUUCUGUCAAGGCCCGCGCUACCAAGUUCGAGGGCAUCGAGUCGGCGCAGGACGCGUUCUUGUCGCUCUUUAACGGAAAGACGUUCGGCAAGGCCACGGUCAAGGUUGCUGAUCCUUCGACAUAA